AUGGCAGCAGCGUUCACCGAAGACGAGAAGACGGUGGACGACGCGCUGGGCUACCCCAAGGCCUACGCCAGGCUCUGCCGCGGCGGCGGAGGGGCGGUUGGCCUGCCCUACAGCCACGGCCCGCCGCACGCCUUCCUCCCCUACGUCCUCCAGCCGCACGAGGCGCUGCGGGCCAAGGACCUGAACGAGAUGUUCCCUGUGACGGACGCGGAGGCGCCGCCCACCGCCAACCCCCGCGGCUUCGCCAACCUCCUCUGGAAGCAGCUCGACCACCUCGGGAACGCGGGGUUCGAUCCGGCGCUGUUCCGGGUGGACGCGUACGGGAACGUACUCUACCUGCACGCCGACUCCGCCUCGCCCCUCGCCUGGGACAUCGAUCACUGGUUCCCCUGCGCCAGGGGAGGGAAGACGGUGCCGAGCAACCUGCGGAUAGUGCAGUGGCAGGUGUGCAGGAAGAAGCAGAACAAGCUAGAGUUCCUCAUGCCGUGGUGGGAUCUGCAGCUCGGCAUCUCUGUCAACCAGUUCCUGUCCAUCUUCGCCUCCAAGAACUCCGACUUCAGAAACAGAGCAUUCGCGUUCUUGUUUACCCAUGGUGCCAGCGAGGAGCUGAGCUCGCUGCAGGUGGUGGAGGCGCACGCGUUCCCGCAGCACUUCUCUGAGAUGAAAACGAAAGUAGGACUCGCCCCUGCUGCAAUUGUUUCCUCUAGGGGUUCUGACAACUCGGUGCUCAAAUCUCUUGAUGCGAACCGACCGCUCAGGCCUAGUUACCCUUUGAUUGCUGCUAAGAAAUUUACAGGCGAAAGGGAUGAGAAUGUCAACUUGGCAGGACAAGGGCCUAAUAAUUCCACAAAGGAGAACAAUAACCCAGAUGCUGAUGGCUACAUUAGCAAUCCUUACUUGUCGAUAGCGAUGGCUAGGGACUCGCUAAGGCAACGAGAAGAGGCCAAGAAGAAGCAGGCCGAGCUUACAGAAUUGGAGAACGAGGCCAAUGAGCUCAAGCAGAAGAACGAAGAGGAGCGGGUGACCAUCCAGGGCUUGGAGGCCCUCCUAAUCAAGAGGCGGCGGCGAGUUGAGAAGUGCCGUCGCUUGGCAGAGGCUCAGUCCAACUACAAGGCAGUGCUGGAGAAGAUGAUUAGAGAUGCCAUGCACCAGUCCGUUGUGUACAAGGAACAACUCAGGCUGAACCAAGCUGCAACCAGCACUCUCAUGGCCAGAUUGGAGGCCCAAAGAGCAAUGUGUGACUCAUCUGAAACCGAGCUACGUAAGAAGUACCAACAGAGAGAUGAUUUGGAGAGGCAGAUAAAGCCAGAAAGGAAGAGGUAUCGUGUUGAUGAUGGGUUGCUCGAUGAAAGGCACAGUGAGAGUGUAAAGUAUCUUUCAGCAAGAAGAUUAAGGAGUAGCCCUCUCAAGCAGGAACUGAGGGUUUUCCUUGAGGAAGAUCAGAGGAAUUCAGAUGCAUACAUUUCCCUAGGUGAAGAAGAAAUUGGAGAAGGAACUUCAACUCGUACUCAAGCAUUCAGCAAUGCCAGAAAUGAACCAUUGAAGGUGAUAAACUUCCCGCGGAGGUCUCUUUCCAUUGAACAGAACAAUGUAGAUACUGAAAGAGGCAGAACACUGGUGCGGGAGAAGCUAGAAGAGUUGGGGAUCAAAGAACGGCAACAUAGCAGGAGACGGGAAAGAAAAGAGACCAUGAGAUCGAGGGGAACUGGUACACCUAUAAGAUCAAGAGAUGACAAGGCUAAAGCGACCAUGCAGAAGUGCUACGAGUCUGAAACUGAGAAAUAUCAUGUCAGUGAGACAGCUUCAGUACCGAGGACCUCAUCACUUCCAAGUCCACCCUAUAGAGCAACGGGCAUGUAUGGAACUUCCAGAUAUGGUACAGAUCAGUCAAUGCUACUGCAAAAGAGUGAAGCACUUCACCACCGAGGUUUUAGCAGACCGGAAGAUGAUGAAAACAUGAACCAUGUUGGCAAAGGAAAUGUGGAUAAGUGGCUCCAUAUGCUCAUGGAUAACCAACAAGAAGAUCAUGCCGUAUACCAUUCUUCAUAUGAACACGAUAAUGACGAGGAGAAUGCUUCAGAUGAGCAGCAAAUGCAGAGCAGAAUUGACGAAGAGAGCUGCAGGAAUGGGAUAACUGAAUGUUCUGAUGAGAUCGUUGAGGUCGAGGACGAGAUUGUUUCUGACCAGGGAGCAGAAAGAGGCAGGAACAGCUUUGGAAUUAAAGAGAGAGAGGAAAAGAAGAUUUGGUUCCCAAGGUCUGACAGCACCAGGGGUUUCCGGUCACUGCCAUCAUCACCCUCCAAGAUCCUGGGAAUGAGAAGAGGUGUGGAAUGCAUGGGCAGGAAGCCUAAGGUGGCUGGCGACGAUGACUGCAGAUAUGGCUAUGAGGAUUCAGUGUCCACAAGCAGCAGCAAGUUCCUCAGCAGAUGCAAGCACGCAAUCAAGAAAGCAGUACACAAAUAG